AUGGCGCCGCGGUCAAGAGGCGCCGAGCGACUCGUCGCUGCCUUCUCACCACGAACCACCCGACCUUCGAUAUGCCGCUCCUGCAGACAGACCCUCUCCCAGCGGACGUACGCCUCGGCCGCCGCAGCGCAUGCCACUCCUGAGACAGCGCCUGUCUCUCAACUGACCCCUGAUGAGCCGGCUCCCGGUCCCGUAUCACAGCCGAAGUUCACUGUCAAAGCCGGCGUACUGCUGGCACGCACCCCUUUGAUUACACCCGAUCCUCAUCCUUUCGAAAAAGCACACCAAUUAUACCAAAGGCGACUGAAUGAGAGGCUAGUCCUUCCCUUUACCCAGUACUUCUACUACAAGCGCGAUACACCCGCAUUCGAGCACUGGCGAACGAACAAGACAGCUAGGGGUGGAGUCGCUACCCGCGAUAUUGGCAAGUACAAUGCCUGGACAAAGGACAGCUGGAACGACGAGGUUCUGGUCGGAGAUGAGACUGCGAACCCUGACAAGCUUGUGGAACAGCUAGUCGGCGAGGAAGGUCGGGGUACCGAGUUUGCGGGCGACUCUGGCCUCACCAACACAGCGGGUCUCAGGAGGACGACUGAGGCUGACCGGUUGAACGACCAGCGGAGUCUUGAGCGUAGCCUGCAGCGAACGCUUUAUUUGCUCGUUCGGGAGAGAACAAAGGAGGGGAAGCCAUCGAACUGGAUCUUUCCCAGUGGCACGAUCGCAGAGAGGGAAGGUGUGGCCGAGGCUGCGCAACGUGUCCUUGAUGAAACUUGUGGUGUCAACAUGAACACCUGGCAGGUGGCCCGCCACCCUGUCGGGCACUACGCAUUCGAACAUGCCAGUAUCGAGGCGCCGAAAGAUGGUGAGCAGAAGGACGACAAGCAGGUUCAAUCCGUUCACGACACGGCGGAAGACGUGGGCGAGAAGACUUUUUUCAUCAAGACUCGCAUAUUCGCGGGUCAGGCGGACGUGGCUCAGGAGAAUGCGGCAUGGGAGGACUUCGCGUGGCUGUCAAAGGAAGAGAUUCAACAAAAGGUACACCCAAGGUACUGGGGACGUAUCAAGAACAUGCUGGCCGAUCAGUGA